AAACCGCCUCAAAAGAAAAAGUUAAAUCAAUUAAUAAAUAAUAGGAAUAAACAGUGGUAUUACAAUCUCUGAAAAUCCAGACAUAAAGUAGCCCGGAAACGGAGGGAGAGGGAAGAAAAAAGUGUGUACCCGAGAAAGGGAAAAAGAUGCUCAAACUUUUCAACAGAGGCAGGGAUAGCCCCGCCGACGCGUCCCCGCCCUCCUCCGCCGUCGCCGCGCCGUCUUCUUCGUCGGCAUCUCCGGUCACCGGCCCCGCCAGGCCCAUACGCCUCGUCUAUUGCGAUGAGAAGGGGAAGUUCCGCAUGGAUCCAGAAGCCGUCGCUACGCUACAACUGGUCAAGGAGCCCAUCGGCGUCGUCUCCGUCUGCGGUCGUGCACGGCAGGGCAAGAGUUUCAUCUUGAAUCAGCUAUUAGGAAAGAGUAGUGGAUUUCAAGUUGCGUCAACACAUCGGCCUUGUACCAAAGGGCUUUGGUUGUGGAGUACACCUUUGAAAAGGACUGCUCUUGAUGGAACAGAUUAUAAUCUCCUGCUAUUAGACAGUGAAGGAAUAGAUGCUUAUGAUCAAACAGGAACAUACAGUACCCAGAUAUUCUCACUGGCAGUUCUUUUGUCUAGCAUGUUCAUUUAUAACCAGAUGGGUGGUAUUGAUGAGGCUGCCUUGGAUCGUCUUUCCCUGGUCACCCAAAUGACAAAGCAUAUUCGUGUUAGAGCAGCUGGAGGAAAGACUUCUGCAUCUGAGCUAGGACAAUUUUCCCCAAUUUUUGUUUGGCUUUUAAGGGACUUUUAUUUGGACCUUACAGAAGAUAACAGAAAAAUAACACCCCGUGAUUAUCUGGAAAUUGCCUUGAGGCCAGUUGAAGGGAGUGGAAGAGAUAUAGCAGCUAAAAAUGAGGUACCUUUCUGCUUCCCUUUUUAGGUAUUCAUAGAUGCU